AUGCGCAGAUGCGCGGAAGCGCAGCAGGAAUUAUGGGAAUGGGUCCAGAGUGUGCGCACCUGCGCGAGAGGGCCGCGGAUGAUUAAAAGAUGCCUUAUUUUCGGCUUCGGAAUUCUAAUGGUUUCAUUCUAUCUUUCCAAGGCAUCACAAGACUUCGGUACCGAAUUCUGCCAUUCUUCUCACCAAAUCCCGCAAUCAUCUUGUUUGGAGGGCACAAUGGGCGAUCAGCUUUCGAGCUCUCCGACGCCUGAUGAUGUACAAAACCAGCCUGAUGAUAUUCAAGUCCAGCCUUGCGAAGGCAAGAUGCCGCUCGGCCGCUGGCUAGAUCAGGAUCCCAAAGACGACGGCGCACCGUACGCGUGGAGAACGACGCUAGAAACCUCACAUGAAGAAGCUCGGUCGGAAGAACGGACGAACGAUGGCAAUACAUCCGUUGAUUAUCUCAAUCAUAUCACUGGUUCUCAAUUGUUUUUGGAGAGGAAUCUGUCUUUGGUGAAUCACAUCCCACCUUACCAUCAUAUCCCACCUUACCAUCAUCAACACACGAAAGAAGGCUGCAGCCAACUAUCCAGCAAUGCGCACGAUAUUAGCCAAUCAGCUAGUGCUUUUGCACAUCAGCAGCAAGAAUAUCUGAUGCAUGUGCCAUUUAAAUCUCCUGGAUACGAAACAUUGGAAUCACCGUUUGAUCAGGUCUCUAUGCCCUUGGGUUUUCUGGAGACAACGGAUUACUCCGGGGCCUCUUUUGCCAUCCAACAAAACACUGAGAUCGACCAAUUGCUAGAUACUCCAGAUGUAUCAUUUAUUCCCGAGAUCAGAUAUGAUAGGAGACGUGCCAUACUCCAACAGAUUGGCAAGCUACAUCAAGAGCUGUCUAUCAUUGACAGUGUUUCUGAAAGCCAACAACCCGUGGCGACUGAACAUUCAGCGUUCAACUCGAAUUUAUAUUCCUCUCACGGUGACUUUGUGGAUGGUACCUCCGCCACACAUACAACACACAGUUUCAAUCGCCUGCGAACGAACCAUUCAAGAGGCUACUACACAUCACCGCGGCAUUUCGGCCUAAUUCCUUCUCGUUCUUCUAUGAACCCUUCGCUUUUAGAACCAUUGAUAUAUGGUGGCACGACUACGCCAAGUUACUCAUCCGAUACUCACUCUAUAGCAAUGGAUGAGGCAUCUUCGGAUAUGACCCUUUCCACCACCCCCACCACUAAUAUAAGCCGCUAUCGUAAUAAUUUUGAAUCCUAUAAUCUCGAUCCUGUACAAGUUUUGCGUUCAAAUCCGGUUAAUGAGUUUGCACAUUUCCUCACGUUUUGA